AUGGUCAGCCUGUCGCCGCCCGUCCAGCAAAUCCCGAAUAAGAUCGCGGAGGUUCUGCUGCUCACUCUCCAGCAUCUCAACUCGAGCCCGAGUCGCUGCGUGCUCAACUCGCAACAACUCCAGUUCUUUGCGCAGGUCGGAGUCCGAUGGGUCGGGGUUGGACGGGUGUUCGGAGCUCGGCUGCUGCUGCGCGGUUGGGGGUUGCUGUCCUACCGGAGGUCGCUCCGGUCGAUUGGGAAAAACGGCGUGCUGCAUCUUUACGUUGGCAGCGACGGAAAGAUCAAUGAACGAGGGGUUCGGCAGGGCUAG